AUGGGGCGAUAUCACCGAAGUCGCGGGACUAAGGCCCGCCGAGACGCGGGAAAGGUGUGUACCCUGCCGGUGAGCGCGCGCACACCUCCCUUCAAGGGGCGCGCACCCAGCUCUUCCCCCCAUCCCCUUCCCUGCUUCCCCCCAUCCCCUUUCCUGCUUCCCCCCAUCCCCUGGCACCCGCACUCUCACUCUCCUUUCCUCCCGCACUCUCUCUCUCCGUCCUCUCCCACUCGCACUCUCCUUCCCCCCACCCUCUGCCCAGUUGUCACCUGCCCUCCCAAUGCCUGCCUUUCCCUCCCUGCCCUGCGCUUUCCUUCCCCAUCCCUUCUCAACCCUUCCCUUCCUUUUCAUGCCCUCCCCUUCCCCCUCACUCCUCACCUUCCACCCUCUAGUUCCCAUGCACGUGCACCCAUCACUAGGGGGGAAGGAAGGGUGAUAUACCAGUUUGCGAUAAAUUCCCCUAAUUUCCCCCCAAUCCCCCCUCCGCUCCCUCUCAUUCCCCCCUCUGCUCCCUGUCAUUCCCCCCCCCCCUGCUCCCUCUCAUUCCCCCCUCUGCUCCCUCUCAUUCCCCCCUCUGCUCCCUCUCAUUCCCCCCUCUGCUCCCUAUCAUCCCCCCCCCCCCCCCCUGUUCCCUCUCAUUCCCCCCUCCGCUCCCUCUCAUUCCCCCCUCUGCUCCCUCUCAUUCCCCCCUCUGCUCCCUAUCAUCCCCCCCCCCCUGUUCCCUCUCAUUCCCCCCUCUGCUCCCUGUCAUUCCCCCCCCCCUGUUCCCUCUCAUUCCCCCCUCUGCUCCCUCUCAUUCCCCCCUCUGCUCCCUCUUAUUCCCCCCUCUGCUCCCUGUUAUCCCCCCCUCCGCUCCCCAUAAAUUACAGCUCUGCUUUCCCAUCAAUUCCCCUACUGCACCAGGUCAAUACAGAACCCCCUCUGCUAUAA